AUGUCUCCGUGCCGGAUCUGCAGAUGCCGCGAACCGGCUGGGGACGAUGGUCUGUGUGACCCGUGUGCCCACUUUAGGUGGGUGCAGGCCUUGGUGCAGGGGCGGGCACUCCCGGCGUGGCACACAGGAGCCGCAGCUUCACUCCUGCAAGGUGUGGAGGCGCUGGCUCGCGGGGACCCACCGCCCCAGGGCAGAAGCCGCAGCCGCACCCGAAGCCCUGGCGCUGGCAGCCCAGAGCCCCCGCACAGCAAGGGCCGAGGCAAGGGAAAGGGUCAAAGCUGGCAAUGGGACCGCAGGAAGGGCAAUGGCAAGGGCAGGAGCGACGAGGACCUCGCUUUGGCACGUGAGGCGGCCAGGGCGGCAGCCGACGCGGCGGUCGCUGCUAUGCGGGGCCGUUGA